UAGUAACUAGCCCAUGAACAAACAGGCAGGGUUAGAGCUGCACUGUUAUUCAGAAGGAGCUGCAGUGUGAGAGACUUCAUCUGUUUCUAUCAUCAUGUUGGGAUUAUUGCUGCUGCUUCUGACCGUCCGUAUGGGCGUGAGCGCCGCUCAGUCCUACUGCGACCCGAUAACCCAGUAUGAAGAUAAUGGCGAGUGCUGCAUGAAGUGUCAACCAGGAACAAAAAUGACAGUGAAAAACUGUGGUACUCCAACAUGUGAGCCAUGUGGCCUGGAUGAAUAUCAGGAGACAUACACCACUGAAAACAAGUGUGAAGCCCAGCCAUAUUGUGACCCAAAUAAAAACAUGAAUGCUGGAGUCCAUGACACGAAGAAGAAAGCUGUCUGCCUAUGUAAACAAGGGUUCCACUGCUCAAGUGAAUACUGUGAGACCUGCAUCCCACACAAGCAAUGUGGGCCAGGAGAGGGCGUUACGUCCGAAGGGGAUCAAAAGCACGAUACAGUGUGCCACCCAUGUGUGAAGGGAACAUUUUCCAAUGUAACCUCCAUGUAUGACAGCUGCAUUGAACAUACAAAAUGUCCCCUGGAUUCCUCUGUUCAGGAAGCUGGAACCGACCGAUCUGACACCGUAUGUGUAAAGAACCGGGUCCAUAUCAUAGUUGGCUCUGUGAUGGGAAUCUUUGGAGUUGCAUGUUGUAUAUUUGGAGUGUUUCUGUAUUGCCAACGUAAAUCAAAUUCAGAGAAGGGGACAAAAUUGGACUCUGUUGAAUCCAUCGGGCCGACGGCAAUAUACAGGCCAAAUGAGCCACAUGAAGAAGCCUCACUGUUUCCUGGACCACAGACUCCGGUGGAAAACGAAGACAGAAGCAUCCCUUCCCAGGAAGAUACAAGAAGCUUUUGUGCGAUGUCCUUAGGUUCCGCUGGGGAGCACGGAAGAAGUGAGAACGGAAAAAUUGUGUGUUCUGUGGAGGAGGAAGGAAAAGUUGCCCGUCUCCCCCGUCAGGAAUCACAAAUAUCAAGUUCCUCUACUGUCGGCUUCAGUUCGUAAUGUAACUGGGGAGAGAGAAUUGGUUGUGUCAUAACGGACUUUCUCGAAGAUAAAGCUGUAUUUAUUAACCCUAAUGUGCCUGUAUGUUUUGCUGAAUCGAUGUCCAUGAUGUACAAUCAUUUGUCGCUGUUGUAUUAUUGCAUGUUGUACUUAGAUGUUCUACUUGUUGCAAUGAAACACAUUAUUGCUAUUCAUUUUUUUGGUGUGCUGAAGCACUGUGUAAUUAUAGUAAAAACUGCAUUAAAUUUUAUUAAUGUUUUUUAA